AUGGAAUGGUAUCUUUUGGGAGAACAUAUAUGUAGGUGUAAUGGAGAAAGUGGUUUGAAGGAUGUGACGUGGAUAUGUCCUGCAUUCAGUGAAAAACACUCAAGGAUUUGGGUCACUGUACAGAAGAGCCCGGCUCCCCUGGCAGAGAGACUCACCAGAGAGGAGAUGAAGAAUGGAUGCGGGAAGAGAUGGGAGGAAUGGGAUAGAGGGAGGGAUGGAGGUGAUGUACCAAGUGUGGAGCUAUGGCCAGUCCAGCAGGCUCAGUUCAUCCCCUUGACAGAAGUCCUGUGCCUCCUAAUCUCCGAGAUGAACAGACGGAAGCUGCUAGCAACACAGGACACGGUCAGGAAGAAGCUCUCUGAGUGCUACGACAAGAUGCCUGUCCCAAGUCCAGAGAUCAUCCACAAAUCCCUGACCCAUCUAAUGAACGAGGGAAAGAUUGUCCACAAUGGCGUUGGUUACCACAUCACCAAAGGUGAUGAGGUACCUCCAGACACCACUGAUGCAGAGAGCGUUGCAACGUUUGCCACGACAAGAACAAAGAAGAAGGAGAAGGACAAGGAGAAAGACAAACUUAAGGAAUACUUGAUCUACAAAGAUGGUGUUCUGACAAGACAUACUUUCCCUGAGGAAGUCAAUGAGAAUUUGGGUAUCAAGGUCAGACCCGAGUCUGGAGCUUCCAGGCCGUUGUCCUAUCCAGCUAACCCGACCCUUGCAAGCAUCCCAGAAGACCGUACAGCCUUCCAGAGAAGCAUAUCCAUGAGAGAGCGUAGGAGUCCUCAAAAGAAGUCAAAGUUUGAACGCACUAGCUCCAUGCGUCUUCCUAAUGAUAUCUCUUACUAUGACCAAGGUUACCUGACAUCCGAUUCAGAAGCAAAGCCUUCGUGUCUUGGACGUCUCUUGGGUAAGGCAGUCCAGAAGAAGCCCAAGGCAGCUCCCAAUAAUAACAAUCAGCCUAAUCAUCUACUCCAGACCUUCUCAGCUCAGUUUCCACCUUCAGAUAUUCAUGAUCCUUUCUUUAACUAUAACCAUUGGAUGAAGAAGACCCCUGAGAAACUUGGUACAAACAGAUCUCAAAAUAAUGGGCCUGAUGGGGAUAAGAUCAAGGAUGACAAGGAGCGGUCUAAAACGCUUGAAGCAGUACCGACUGCUCCAAAGCAUACAUACAGUCCAAAGUCAAAGAGGAAGAGUUUACCAAAAGACUUGAGUAAUGUAAAAACAGGAUCUCACUAUGCUCUUGACCAUGGACGUCUGACACAAACUGCCAAAACUCUGCAACAGAAGUAUCAGGAUGGACAAGAGGAAUCUAUGCCUGAAAGUGAGGUGGAGUUUCUCAAGCCAACCAAAAUGUAUGAUGGUAAACAUAGAACUAAAGCUGUAGCAGACCAGAAACCUACAUUGUCAAAGAGCCCUCAGAAAAACCCCAAGGAUUCCAAGGGUGAUAAGAUAAAUCACUACUUUAGUUCGAUGGAUAGGGCACAGCCUUUAAACCCUAAGCCAUACCAAGGGCUCACCAGUGAAAGUUCGCUUGCAGGAAGUGAUUCAGAGCUGGAAAUGAAUCCAAGAAAGAAAGCAGCAGCAGUGGAAAAGCGGCUGUUGAAGCAGAGACAUGCUGAUCUCUUGAGAGAGAGAAGACAAGGACGAUUAUUUGCAAGUCAAAGGGCAGAUGCUCCUGGUUCUACUUCAAAUCUUGGUGGACAGCAACCAAGAGAGGAAGUGCCUUCUCGCUUGCAAGCCAAUGGACGAUCUGCGGUGGAGGAGUAUGAAAAACGCAAGGGUUACGGGCCAAGGAGAUGCUCAUCUGAAGAGGAUGUCAGUGAUUUGCCUCGGUUACUUCCAGAAGAUUCUGACAGACAGCUUGUUGCACAGAGUCGGAAGAUAUGUCUUGCCUUCCAGGAUAGUGGACAGAUGGUGGUGAAGACUUCCACACCUCACUCCACCAACAACCAGGCAGUAGAGAACAGAGAGGGAAACAACCGAUUUCUUCAAGAACCAGAGAGACCUAGGAAUGCUUCAAACCUGGACAAAGUUGUCAUGAGGAAACAUGAUCUCAUUAAGAAGAGGCCUCACUCAAGUCAUGAAACCUUCUACAAAGAUGAAGAAAUUGACAAGUUAUUAGAAGAGGAACUUCAAAAUGAGAAAGUGAAUCAUAAUAUGCGGUAUAAGAAUGAAAUCCCUGAGAAGGAUAAGAACAGUAAUUCCCGCUAUCCAGAGAUCUUGGACCAUUGCCACAGACCGGGAAAUGAUGAGCUGAACCAAAGCUUAGAUCGCCAGUCUUUCACAUCAACCAGUACAGUUGAGUACAACAGCCAAGGUGAUCCUCCAGCCAUCAUAGGUCACACUGUCAGCCCCGAUGCUAGUACCAUUAAUGGAAGCUAUGCCUCACUAGCCAAUGGCCAGCGCCCUCUACAUCAUAGAAUGGAAAGUCUAUCCAGUUCAACGGGUGACAGUGGCUUCAACUCUCCAAGGUCUUCCGUCAACAAUGGAUUCAACUCCAACGGCUUCCCCUCCAAGCAGACCUCUCCUGAAGGUCUUACAGUGAGGUCCAAUUCUGGCAGCAGUAGCAGCAUUCCAGUCCUGGUGAGACCAAUCCCAAGAAGAGCCUACAGCAACACCACAGCCGUGGCCAAGGUCAUGCCAACAGAUUCUCACCUGGUCCAGAAGAGACGUCCAAUGUCCAGUACAAGUGACCAGUCCAGUAGCUCGGACCUUACGGUCAAGUGCAUGAAGGAUAGGAGACGGAGUGGUAGUGACCGUGACGGAAAUUCCUCAUCCUCAGAAAAGUCAAGUCACAGUUCAAGAAGCCAGCAGAGACUCACAAGGGUCAAAAGUUUUGAGGUUAUUGGGACAGUUUAAAAAGUUUGUCACAAUAAAAACCAAAAAGUAUUGGCAUAAUCAUAAUUCAUUUAAUCAGGAGAGAUAUUCCUAGCUAGUUCCCUUGACCAAAGGUGUUGACAUAAUACUAUUCCCUAUUCCUUUAAUCUAUGAAGUGUCUUUUAUUUUCCUUCUCUCUCUCUCUCUCUCUCUCUCAAUCUCACCAUUUUUAGUCUUUUACUUGGUAAUCUGUUUGUUUUUCUCAAUAUUUCAUGCAGUGUUUUGAGCAAACAAUAGGUAUAUGAAAUGUGACAAUUAAGAUAUACUGUGUAAUCUGAAGGAUAUACUGUGGAUAAUUGUUUUUCUUGUUCCACUCUACACUGAUCUAUGUCACAAAUGAUUGAUGUUUCAAUUUAUGCAAACUAAAAGUACGUGGAAAUCAGCAUCAUGUUUUGUUUAUGGCCAAAAUAUGCAAACCAAAUUAAUGUGAACUAUGAAUAAUGCUGAACACGCCAAAGAGAUUAAAAAACGAAUAUUUAGAGUGGGUAUAAUUAUACUAGUAACCAUAACUAGAAGAUAGACUUUGUUUCCUCAGUUCUGUUAUUAAUGAGUGUUAAAAUGUACUUUAUUUUAUACCAAAUGUUUGUUAAAGGUUAUUCUUGUUUUUUAAUUCAAGUAUUCCUUCAAACGUUUAUUUUCUUCCAGUUUUCAUUCUUUUUUUUCAUACAAAGUGGUGUAAAUCAAUUAUCGUACAAAAUGUGAUGAAUAUGAAUACAAUAUUUACAGAUUAUAUGCACAUGUAUGUGUAUUAUCAUUAUUCAAGUUAUGAUCUCCACAAUUUCUUUUAAAAUAUAUCAUGGGUUUGAUAAGACCUUUUACAGACCAAAACACUCUGGGAAAAAUAACUGUCAUUUUCUGGCAAUUUCCUUGGUUUUAUUGAUAGGCUUUCUAUUUAUUCAAAUUAACUUAUUGUUGGGGUGAACCUAGCCACUAAUGUCCAUCAUGGGCAAACAAGCGUGUCAAAAGCUAUAAUAUUUUCAAUAAAUCCAUAAAAUAAGUGAAAACAACUUACUGUGAAUAUAUUCCACUAAACCAUAUGACUUGUUACAAAUUAAAUAGUUUCUUUUCUCGGUAUGUUAGAGAAUUAUUAGCCCCAAAAUUCAUUGAAUGAAAUACAAAAGAUAGAGUCAGUGUACGACAUCAUCGGCUCCAGCAUUUGCAUAUCAUCUGUUAUGUAAAAAUAAGUGAAAUUUUAAACAUCAUAAAUGUCUUUUUUACUUCUAAUUUUGAUGAAAUUUUCAUUGUAACACUUGUUACAUUUUUCUCUACUAAUUCAAGGCAGAUUUUUGUUGGGAUGAACUUACCCAGUAAAAAAUAUUAUUAUCGUAUUUUUUUUACAUUUUACCUUUGUCACACAAUAUAUACUGUACAGUGUACACUCCAUGUGUUUCUAUUUCAGCAUAGAUGUAUAUGAAUUGAUUCUACAAUAAAAUACAUUACUAGUACUUAGCAUUAUAUGCCUAUAUGUAAAGCAAAAUCUAAUUCUAAUUGUAUAUACUACUUCUGUGUAAAAUUGUAUAUAGUUGGUAGCUAUUCUGUGUAUUUAAAUUGAUAUUUAUUAUAAUAAUUUGAUGGUUGGAAUGCUAUAUGCCUAAAGAUAUAUGAACAAUGGGGUUUAGCUUAUAAUACCUUGUAAAUAAUAUGGACAUCAUCUCAAUGUACUUUUGUUCAAAACAUCACUGUAUGUUUAUGAAUUGAUUUUUAUUUGAAAUGUACUAAAAUAUUGGCAGCCUUGAAAGUGAUUUUUUAUUCACUAGUUUGUGGCAUAGUUCCACCAGUUAUGAAUCCAUUUAGGUUACCUCCUUGUUCUUUUCAAUUUCCUUUCAUGUAUAAGUGGGCCAAAAUCAUUUUGGUAUUGGUGUAAGGUGUCAAGUUUAACACCAAAUGUUUUCAAUUUUCUUGCAUGUGCUGUGGGCCCCCCCCCCAAAAAAAAGAUAUGGUAUUGGUGUAAUGUGCCUGUCUUGGUGUUAAACUUAACACCAGAUCGUUUCAAGUUCCUUUAACAUAUUGUGGGCCAAAUUCUAAGAGGUAUUAUUAUGAUUAUGGUAUGGGUGUAAGGUGUCUGUUGAGGUGUCAAGUUUAACACCAAAUAUUUUGAACUUCCUUGCACUUAAUUUUGGGCCAAAUUCAUAUAAUUCAUCAAACAUUUGUAUCUAGUCUUUUUAUUCUACCUAACAAGUCCAAAUUUGGGCAGUAUGAAGAAGGAUUAUUCUUUCAGAUAGGUUAAUUUUUUCUUUCAGAUAGGUUAAUUUUAUCAUGUUUGAUUUUUUAAUACCAACUCAUUAUUUUGACUUUUUUCAGAGAACCUUCCGUGAUGAAUUAUUGUUGGUUUUGGGCUGGCUGGUCACAUAUAAUUGUGAAUGUGCAUUUUAUUGCUAGUCCUUUCUUACAACAACAUACGCAAUGAUGGGCUAUAAUUAGAAUCUAUCAGUUAAACAUUUUGAAUUAACAUUUGAUGGCUUCUUGCAAAAGAACCAUUAUUCCAUUUUUUUACAAUGCUGUGGGUAUGAAAAUAUAAUUUGAUUUUAAAAUGGAUUUGAUAUAAUAAUGAUAAUAAGCAUAGAAUUUUAGAUGCCCAUGAAAUAGUUUUGAUGCUAUGAUUUUGGCCUUGCAAAUGACAUAAAUCUAGCUUUUCAUAGAAGUAUGGACUAAAAUCCUUGUUUGACAUGGUGGGGGGGGGGGGUUCAAUGGUGGGUAAGGUGAAGUGUUGCCAGAUGACUAUGGAAUAAGACAAAUUAUAUUGAACCAAGUGGAUAUAAACAAAGAAAAAUAUUAUCCCGGAAAAUGUUUUCAAAUGGGUGAUUUUAAGUCCAAUGUUGGUGUUGGAAGCACAAUUUGGAUUGCUUCCCCUAGCUCCAAAACCUAUCCUGAGUUUGUAAAAUUGAUCCAGAUUACAUUAUUGACACCUCAACAACUAGUGAGUGACUUUUCAGGACCAUCUUCAUUUUAUGUUUGGUGUUAUACUCAUGUGAAAAAUGACCUAACUCCAACACCAAUAGGUCAACACUGAACUUGAAUUCAUCCACUGCCUUUGUCAAUAAGUUUGUUGUCACUUUUAUUUUUUCCCUUUAUUUUUUGAAUGGGAUUCCAUCAUGGUAACACAACAUUCUGGAAAGCACUUUUUUAGACCAAGGAGUGUUUCACAAAGAGACAUUUCAAUUUUUAGUUAAACGUUUUUGUUGCUGCUUUGAUAUAAUGGAUUUUUUUAAGGGAUGGAACUGAUUUGUAAUACCUAAAUUUGAAAAGGUAUUAAACCCAAUGGAUGUGACCAUAUCUGAUGGACAGCCAAUUUGUUGGUUUGAAGAAAUACAAGCCAGAUUUUAUGAUAAUGUCCAAUACUUUUAAAAUGUCAAACAAAAUAUUCCAGCUUGUGUUUGACUGUUUUAACAUUUUCACAAUUUUGACCAAUUUUGAUCAUGUUUAGUAAUCAUUUUUUCUCACUUGGAUACCAAUACAAGCCAUUUUCAGUAUUGUAUUCAAAUCUCCAAUGUAUUUUCUUUUUUAUCAACUGCAUCAGUCCUGUUUUAGAAAAUUAUAAUGAUGUACCUCAAAUUCAAACAACACAGGAGAUGUAACAGAUAUUUGUGAUUUUUCUGUAUCAACUAAAUCUAUCUGUUGUCCGAAUUCUUUCAUUGCAGUAGAUUUGUUUAGAGUAUGUCUUGGUGGAUUGUCGCACUUGCAAAAAAUAUUGGUAUGAUAAUUAUGAUAAUCUUGAUGAAUAAAACGGCAGCUCAGUCAAUAUAA